UUGAUAAAUCUCCCCCAUUAUAUAGAGCAGUGGUCUUCAAACUGUGGCCCUCCAGAUGUUGCAAAACUACAACUCCCAGCAUGCCCGGACAGCCGAAGGAAGUUGUAGUUUUGCAACAGCUGGAGGCACUCUGGUUGGGAAACACGGCUCUAUGAUGUGUUGCAGGAGGCCGGAGACGAUAACGGUCGCUCCAUCCCCACUCUCUAUGGUGUCUGGGAGGACAAUAUACGUAACUGUUCGGCUUUGCCUCAACUCUAUGAUAAAUGAAGACUGAGGCUCCGGAGUCCAUGGUCCAGGGCCUUGCGCAGCUUCUACGAGACCAUGGGGACACCGUUCUGGACAGUAGCCGGGUCCUGUCUCUCCUCACCCCGUGUCUACAAGUCGUCACCCGCCUGUUCGAACAGCUGUUUCCUCGCGGACCAGGAACUGGGUUCCAGGCACUUCCAGCGCACCCGGCCGACAACGUCCCCAUCCUGCGCACUCAGUUCCUGCUCGACAUGUUACAGAAGACCCCCGCCCUCAAGCUUAUUCAUCCUCCUGAGUGUCCUCGCCAGUUUGACGUGAACAUCUUCCCCUUUAAGUCUUUACGGUCUUUGGAGUUGCGGUCCCUGCCCCCUCACUGUUUACGCGGCCUGCGAUGCGUCUAUUCUCAGCUGGAGGUUCUCGUCUGCUUCCGGUGUGUCACCAGCUUGGAGGAAGUGAUCUCUCUCUGUGGCGGGGAUCUGAGUUCUGCUUUGCCCUGGCUGGAGCUUCACACUCUGAAUUUCAGCUACAACAUGAUCCACAGCUUGGACCAGUCCCUGGAACUAUUGAACAGCCUGCGGAUCCUGGACUUGAGUCAUAAUGUCAUCAAGGACUGUGGCUCCUAUCUCAAGGUUCUUUCUGAGCUCCAGUAUCUGAACCUGGGCUACAACCUCCUGACGUCCGUCCCGGAGCUGAGUGUCCAGUCCUGCGCCCAGCUCCACACCCUCAUCCUGAGACACAACCAGCUGUCCAGCACCAGCGGACUGGAACAUCUGUACAACCUGCAGCACCUGGACUUGUCCUAUAACCUCCUGGUGGAGAACUCGCAGCUUACCGGAUUGUCCCAGCUGAAGAAACUCAGGGAGCUCUUUCUGGAAGGGAACCCCAUGUAUUUCCACAUGAACUAUCGACUGCUCACAGCCCAGCGCUUGUCCCCUAAAGCCUCGGACAAGAUUUUACUGGACGGGAAGCCGCUGCCUCGACCGGAGACCAAGAGUGCACCCGUGUUCAAAGAGAGGGUCGUCGUUCCUCAGCCCUGUUAUUCGGCAACGGAGAGUUCCUGCACCGGGGAUCUGACCGACAGCUGCUCCGCUCCCGACAAGGUGAUCACCCAGCGCAUCCCACGCAAGAAGUCGAAGGUAAAGGUCCGGAGAGCGAGCAUCUCUGAGCGCAGUGACAGCGAGUGUGAACAGAGGAGCCAACCAGUCGCAACAGUCCUGCAGCACCAGAAGGACAUUGAGCGCACGGACAGCUUUCGGGACCAGUUUGGCGUUGACUGGCUGCAGUACCGUCCGCACCUGGAGGAUGAGCUCAGUAAAGACCACCCCGCAAGGAUCAGUCCUGAACCCGCCAGACAGUCCCCACCCUUUUCUAAGGCCUUGUCCUCUCCCACAAUCCUGCAAAUGCCCAUCGGAGCAGACGCCCAACCCCAUGCCCCUGAGAUCUCAAGCCCCGGCUCGGUCAGGCCGCCCAGCCCAGAGGAGGAGUCCAUGGCUGACGUGUUAAUAGAGAGGAUCGAGGACGUUCUGGAGGACGGACUGUGGCAGCGGCAGGAGAGGAGCAGGAAGGAGGAGGAGGAGGACGUUGUAGAAGAUGCCCUCUGUUCCCCGGUGACCGUGUGCCCCGUGGUGUACGGACAGCCGCGUAACCCUGACUGGCCGUGGGUCUUCCUGCGCGUGACCCGACAACAUCUCCUAGAGAUCGAUCUGCAGCGCGGACGGGUGAUGGUCAAGAGAGAGCUGCGGAGCCUGCGCGACAUCCAGACGGCGACCACACGGUGGAACUGGAAUGGUGAAGAUCAAGAGCUGCCAUUAUUGACGCUGAGCUUCCACUCCAUGUGUGAGGACAAGCAGUGUGUGAGCUACGUGGUGCUGGACAAUACGAAAGACAUUUCCGUAAAGACCCUCCUAAAUUUGCUGUAUCCAGUGCUGGAGGAGAAUGUGAAGUUCAUGGCAAGUGCCGUACAAGGCCCCGCCAGGCUCCAGUGUCUAAAAUGCAAAUCAGAAUUCAGCCAACAGGAGGACAGCGGGAUCAUCCUCAGUCCGGACAUGAAGAGACCGACCGAAGACGACGUAUCCGAUGUGUACCGCAACAACCACACAGACAACACUGGCUGCCCUUCCUGCGGGAGCUCCCAUGUCAUCCUAGCUCCGCUACAACACAACGGAGUCUCUGAUUCCCCCACCUCUGCGGAGCAGUUACACGAUGACUCUGCGGCUGAGACGCCAAAGUCCUUUUAUGUAGGAGAGGAGGGAGACAGCUCGGAAACAGAAGGUAGCUGCGCCGGGGCUCAAGAUGGCUGUGACGGCAGCCUCACCAACGGGCGCGUUACCCCAGAAGCCAGCGUGAGCGGCCUCACCGGGAGCUACAAGUACAGGACGGCAACCACACCACCUGCGCAGAACAGCGCCCCUCUUCAGGACGGCUGGCAAGUCAGUCCAACCUCUGAAGGUUCAUACCAGACCUUGGAUUUCCGGGUGGUGGAUCACCGGCUGAAGCUGUACCUAGAUAUGGAAAUCCUGCAGGGAGAGAUGGAAGAGUUCCAGUGUUCCAUGAAGGUCCCCGUAGUUCGCUUCGGGAAGCCCGAAGAGUCCUGGGCUCUGGUUGUUGUGUCCAAUCAGAAGAUCUACUUCCUGGAGAUCACUGCGGAGAGCAGGGGUCCUCCCUGUGACUGGCUGCAGCUGGGAGAUUGCCAUGCGGUGACCGCCCUCACUCACCUAUAUAUCGGCCUCCAGCAACAAUGUUUAUAUCUGGGCUUUGAGUCCUCCGAAGCCGCCUACACCCUACUGACCCGAAACCGCAUCUGCAGCACGGCCUUCAGCCAGCACAUACUAGACACUCUGUCAGAUCUGCCGCCGCGUUAUCGAAACGCUCUACAAUACAGUCCUAAGGAGGAGGUGACUGAGGAGCAUCGUCUCUGGCAUUUCCUACACAAUAGCCUUGGAGCAGCGGGCACCCCCCCUGGGUAUUGGUAUGCCCUGGCAUACUUCAUGCGAGAGGACGUUGUCUCCGGAGCAGCCGCUGGUUCCUGUGUUAAUGCUGAUCGUCCCCAAUACAACAAGGCAUCUCCGGCAGCGCUGGCUCAGGGUGCCGGGAUGGCUGCCCCAGUGUCCCUGCUCCUCACCCAGACCCACAUGUAUCUUCUAGAGGAGACUCACCAGUGGCUGCAUGUGGCGUCACCCUCCAUAGAAGACAAUGGCAAAGAGUCCCCCGAGAAAGUGUCCAUCAAAGAGAAGCAAAUGAUCAGCAGCAUCAGCUCGGUGCACUUAUUCAGCUCUGCUCCUCUGCACUUGCGUAUCCGGCUCUAUAAUGAGACACAACAGAAGGAGAGCGCUUGGCUGCUGUGGACCGAGGACCCGGCUUUACCCAAAGAGAUAGUGCAGUGGCUCCGGGUCCCUUGGGAAGCCGAGUAUCACAUCCAGUUCAACCAGAUCACCCAUGACACCCUGGAGUCCUAUCUGCCGUGUACCAGAUAGUGAAGAUACAGAGGGGGAUUACUGCGGCACAGCCGGAUUGUGUUCAGUAACACAUGGAGACAGGCUGGUCAUCCUGGAUCCUACAGAAGACCACUGAUCGGCGCCCCCUAGGGAGGAGAAAUUAAGAUGAUGCACUGAUGUCUUUGUUGUUUUGUUUUUUGUUAAUUUCUGAAAUUUUCGUGUUUUAAAUAAAACUGUAAUAAAGUUUCUACCCCAUUUUAGAGCUUCUCCUAUAGAGC